AAACAUUAGCACUAACCACUUGCAUGAAAGAUAUCUACACAGACACACAAUUAACAUGAUUUAAGUUUGAUGAGUUCAUCUACAAAGUGGGCAAUACUAUCACAAAAAUAACUUGCCACAGGGUGCAACUUCCUCGGAUGUGGAACAAGGACUAAAUUGAGCAUGUGCAGAGUGAAUCAGGUGAAUUGUAACAUGUUCCUGAUUGGAGAAAUCGAAAGUGUUACAACUAAGCCAUGUUACAGUCAUCUCCGAUCUCCCCUACGUACCUACCAGGCUACAGGGAUCUGGGGAGUUUCAAUGUACAAUUUGCAGACUUCAAUUUAAAUAAUCCAGUGACGUGAGACUUGCGCAAUGGCAGACAAGGAGCUUCUCAAGGUGAGGCGUAACUUUGUGGAGAAGGUGAGCAAAGAAGUUAUUAAGCAGCUCCUGGAUGACCUUUUAGAGGAUAGUUUCAUGAAUGACGGGGAGAAAGACUCAGUACUUGAGGAGAACUUAUCCAGAGCAGACCAGGCACGCUGCCUCAUUGACUUAGUGAGGAAGAAAGGAGAUGAAGCCAGCAGGACAAUGAUUGCUCAGCUUCAAUGCAGAGAUCCCUCACUUCACAAAACCCUGGGUCUGUCUUCUGGUCAACCUGCUGAACCAGCUGCAGAGCCCCAGACGGUGCAGGGUCUGUCUUUGCAGCAGAAGUCGUCAACCACACUCAAACGAACCGAUGAUAAGCCCUACCUUGUGACUGAAGAAUCCAUUAGGAGUCGCAUCGCCCUGCUAAUCACUAACAUAAAGUUUACUGAUGAGAAAUUAAACAGAGAUGGAGCAGACAUAGACGAGCAGAACAUGGAGAAACUGCUUAAAGCGCUGGGAUACGAGGUGGUGAAACACACAAACCUCACUGGAAAGGAGAUUGAUGAUGCUGUAAUUAAGUUCUCCAAACAUCCAAAAGUCAAAGAGACAGACAGUGUGUUUGUGGUUAUCAUGUCUCACGGGAAACCGGGAGCUGUCCUCGGUGUCAACCAUAAAAAGGGGCAACCAGACAAAUUCCCCAUUGAUAACAUUUACAAACACUUGGACACACAGAAAUGUCCAGCACUGCUGAACAAACCCAAGAUCAUCAUCAUCCAGGCCUGCAGAGGAGGCAAGAAAGGAUCUGUGCUUGUUAGUGAUAGUGCACAAGCAGCUGUGGUUUGUGAUGAUGUGCAACAGCCAGAUCUAUCCCUGUCUGCUGGUGUCGAAGACAUCGAGGAGGACUUUGUGCGACAUGCACACAAGGAAAAAGACUUCAUUGCUCUUCUUUCUUCCACUCCUGAUACAGUCUCACAUAGAGAUGAAAAUAAAGGGUCUUUUCUUAUCCAGUACAUUGUUGAGGUGUUCAACGACAGCUGGCGUGAAGAUGACAUUGAUGAACUUUUCAGAAAAGUGAUGCAACGCUUUGAAGAUCUUUUAGUCCUCACUGAGAGAGGUCACGAUACACAGAUGCCAACCAAAGAAAGAUGCACUCUAACAAGACGCUUCUACCUCAGGCCACAGAGUCAGGCUUGAGUAUUGUGCAAUGCAAAGUUUGUUUAACAUUAAACAUUAUGAUCAGAAUGCUUUAUAAGGAAGUGCUUUGCUAAUGCAAAGUGUAGCCUUGAACUUUCUUUAUUCUGCAUGAAAAAGUAAUCUUGUCUGCUCCACAGUUAGCUGAGGUGAUGUAAUAAAUGUGUGAUGAACAUGAUAUGAAGAAAAAUACUAUUGAGAAUAAUAUUUGUUCUAUCUACCUGAAAUGAUCAAUAUGUACUCUUGGUGGUAAGAGGUGAAAACUUUCUUGUACUGUAUAACUGCCACUGAUGAAUUAUUAUGAAUUACACACUGCUGUUUUUAAUCUGUUUUAAUGGCUCCACCUGAAAAUUAUAUUUUUUAUCAUUUGUUAUGGUGAUUUCAGACCUUAAUAGAUUGUAAGUAAAGACAGAGAAUGGUUCGAUAUGUCUCUGAAUUAUCAUUUA